UACCUUGUAUUAACAGAUUUUAAUAUUUUUUUUCCUUAACUGUAAAUAUUUUGGGUGUGGGCUCGUUUGUUUUGCUGUUUUUUUACUCUUCUUAUGUGGAGAAUAUAUGUAGUCUUUGGAUGUAUAUUGGUACAGGUGUAUGUAAUAUGAGGUAGGGAUCUCAUUUGUUUCUUUUCCAUAUAGGUACUUUUAUUAUGUAGUCCUUUUCCUCAGUGAUAUAUGUAUGAAUGUGUGUUUUUGUAAAUAUAAAUAGGCUUACAUGUACUUGUUAGUCUGUCUCUUACCUCUGUCUUUUACUGUCUUUAUCUGCUGUAGUAAGUAUUACAAUCUUAAAUACCAGAGAUUUCUAAUAAGUCUUAAUAGGGCAAAUCUCUGUGACUUUUUUUUUUCUCCUGUGACUUCUUUUUAUUCAUAAUUUUCAUGGUUAUCCGUGGCUUUUUUUACUUCUGUGAAUUUGAGGAUUAUCUUGCUAAUUUCCCCAGAAAAUUCUAGUAGUAUUUUGAUUGGAAUUGCAGAGAGUUACAGAUUUGGUGUUUGUGACUUUAAAUGUAAAUCUGAUGCCAUGAGCAUCUUACUGCUUGUAUUUAUUUUUCUUGGAACUAAAUUUCAAGAAGUAGAAUUCUUGGGUUAGAAGACGUGAACAUUUAAAAAUAACACCGUUUAAUCAGAUUCAGAUUGAUAUUGGGUUAGAAGAUAUGAACAUUUAAAAAUAACAUUGUCUAAUCAGAUUGAUAGUUAUUUUGAAAAGAUGGACAACAUCGUUCCACUGCUGGCAAAGGUCUGGGAAGUGGGCACUUGAAUGUGUUGUGAUGACAGUGAAAGUUGUUCCACACAGAAAUCUACAAGAAACUCUUAAGAGUAAAAAAGAGGAGCAGCGCGGCGGCGGCGGCGGCGGCGGCGGCGGUGGUGGUGGUUGUUGUUAUUCGGAGCCGUUGGGACGCCUCUGCGGCAGCUGGUGGCGCAGGUGGCUUGCGUGGACGUGGACAGAGGCGGCCGGCCCGCCACCGCAGCCUCGCCGCCCGCGGCCCCAGAAGGCGCGUCGGGGCACCCCGAGGCAUCCUCCCCCUGCCGCCACCGCGGGAGCCGCGGCUCCGGUCCGCCCUCCCGCAUCCUCUCGCAGUCCGCACCGCCGCACCUCCUCCCUGGGCUUCGGACCCUCGGCCUCGCCCCUGAAACAUGACUCGCGACUUCAAACCUGGGGACCUCAUCUUCGCCAAGAUGAAAGGUUAUCCUCAUUGGCCAGCUCGAGUAGAUGAAGUUCCUGAUGGAGCUGUAAAACCACCCACAAACAAACUACCGAUUUUCUUUUUUGGAACUCAUGAGACUGCUUUUUUAGGCCCAAAGGACAUAUUUCCUUACUCAGAAAAUAAGGAAAAGUACGGCAAACCAAAUAAACGAAAAGGCUUUAAUGAAGGUUUAUGGGAGAUAGAUAACAAUCCGAAAGUGAAAUUUUCAAGUCAGCAGGCAUCAGCUAAACAGUCAAAUGCGUCAUCUGAUGUUGAAGUUGAAGAAAAAGAAACAAGUGUUUCAAAGGAAGAUACCGACCAUGAAGAAAAAGCCAGCAAUGAGGAUGUGACUAAAGCAAUUGACAUAACCACUCCAAAAGCUGCCAGAAGAGGGAGGAAGAGAAAGGCAGAAAAACAAGUAGAAACUGAGGAGGCUGGAGUAGUGACUACAGCAACAGCAUCUGCUAAUCUAAAAGUGAGUCCUAAAAGAGGACGACCUGCAGCUACAGAGGUCAAGAUUCCAAAACCAAGAGGCAGACCCAAAAUGGUAAAACGGCCUUGUCCUUCAGAGAGUGACAUGAUAACUGAAGACGACAAAAGCAAGAAAAAGGGGCAAGAGGAAAAACAACCUAAAAAACAGCUUAAAAAGGAUGAAGAGGGCCAGAAGGAAGAAGAAAAGCCAAGAAAAGAGCCAGAUAAAAAAGAGGGGAAAAAGGAAGUUGAAUCAAAAAGGAAAAAUUUAGCCAAAACAGGGGUUACAUCAACCUCUGAUUCUGAAGAAGAAGGAGAUGAUCAAGAAGGUGAAAAGAAGAGAAAAGGUGGAAGAAACUUUCAGACUGCUCAUAGAAGGAAUAUGCUCAAAGGAAAACAUGAGAAAGAAGCUGCAGAUAGAAAACGCAAGCAAGAAGAACAAAUGGAAACUGAGCACCAAACAACAUGUAAUCUACAGUAAUAAAAAAUAUAUCUCAUUUUGGGCUCAAAGCAUUAAUCCAGUUACUGAAAAGAGAAUACAAGUGGAGCAAACAAGAGAUGAAGAUCUUGAGACAGACUCGUUGGACUGAAUUUCCCCCUCCCCCCCUUUGAUGGAAGAAUGUUCCAGAUUCUAAAUUGAGGACUUCAUUAAUGGCAUUGUAUUACUGUGUUAUGAUUGUUAAAAAAAACGUUUCCUGUAAGGUACACACUACAUACUAAGGUCGGCCAUCAUUCCUGUUAAGUUUUUUACCAAGCUUAAAAUGAAGCUUUGUGUUUGAAAGUUACAAGCUCAGAUGAAGAUGGUGGUUGUACAUUAUUUCAUUUAGAAAAUAUAAAAAUUUAUUUUGUUUUGAAGCUAGGUGUUAAACUGGAGUAGCUAUAUUAUACCCCUAGAGAGUGGGGCAGUUGUGCCCUUCCCUUGACAUACCUUUGUUGUUUAAUUCUUUAGAAUAUUAAUAAUUGUUUUUUUAAUCCUGAGAGAUUAAACAGUAGACUUGUUAAGAAAACAAAAAUGAAACUGUAACCAAAAUUUUAAAAUAAAGUUUAAAAAAAAAAAGUAAAAAAGAGUUUUGUCCUUUGGCUUGGCAGUCCUGUUUUUGAGAAGCCUGUAGAUUUAAAUGAUCCAUGGCCUAAGAAUUUCAUAUAUAUUUACAGUAGCUGGUUUGCACUAGCAAAAACUGGAAAUGUCCUUGAUGUUCUCUAAUAGAGAAUUCUUGAACUAACUGUAGUCAACUUCAUACCAUAAAAUAUUAUGUAGAUAUAAAAACAAUUGAGUCAAAUCUAUAUGCAUUGACCUAGAAAGUGGUUUAUGAGAAUAUCAACUGAAAAAGUGGGGCAGAAGGAUAUGUGUCGUAUAAAUGCAUUUUUGUUUAAAAGCUGGAAGGGCAGAAAACUCUGAAUAUGUGCAUAUGUCUGUAAAUUUGUGUAAGAGCCUUGGGAAACAAAGAGGAGCACACACCAGACUAUAUUAGUUAUUCUGAGGAUUAGGUUGGAGGUAGGGAUGGAAUUAUUUUUAAAUACAUCUCUUCUGCAACUAUCUUUAUUUAUUUAUUUAUUUAUUUGCAACUAUCUUUAUAUUGACAUUUUAAUUUUGAUUGACAUGUAGUUUACACACCAGUAAAAUACUCCCUUUAAAAGUGUAGAAGGCAGUAGGUGUUAGUGUAUUCUUAAAGUUUUGUAACCAUUACCAGUAUCUAAUUCUGGAACAUUUUCAUCACUGUGCUAUUUAUAAUGAGAAUGUUUUGCUUUGGGAGUUUAAACAACAAUAAAUAGUUAAAAAGGAAAUCGCAAUGAGUUGCCAGAAUGACGGCUCUAUAUUGGAAAAGAGAAGCCACCUGUCCAAGCUGUAUGGGUGAGUCCCAUGACUGGUCUUCUGGCAAAUCAGUGGUGGGCUUGGCCUAUCUGUUUUCUUAUAAAUGAGAUAAUAAAAAUGUAUCAACCAUUUUAAGCAACAGGAUAAAAAUAACUUACCUUUAUGGUUUCUACUGUAUAAAAUGUAAAAACUCUUAUACCCAGUGGGUAAGUUUUACCACUUGACAUGCUCAAAGCCUCACGUUUGAGUGCCUGUAUCAGUGCCCUGUCAGCAUUGUGUUAGAUUAAACAAGAAAAUGUGGAACACUGGUUUCUUUCUAAUUUUGUGACUGUGGUCAACCAUGAGAUUGAAAGUUUGUUUUUUUUUUUCAUGUUUCCUAGUCUCUUGUGUCUUUUCUUUAAACUUAAUUUUGGGAAAGUUGUCUACUCUUCUUUGCUUUGGCCCCAGCCAUUUCUUGAAUAAUCAUUUCUUCUUGUCUUUGUCUUUUUUAAAUUGUAUAUUGAAUUCUUACAUUGUGAUUGAUUCCAAAUGCUGUUUUGACUAAAAGCUGAACUUUGCUUCCAUGUUUAGCGUGUAUAUGAUGAGGAAGUGGAGGAGCCGGUGCUCAAGACUGAGGCAGAAAAACCAGAACAGG